UUGGGGCAACAGCCAUGGCGCAGGAAAGAAACAUAAGGAUGGCGAAUGCAUCAAUCAGGGACAGGAACGCCCCAAGGUCCACUACUCAACCGCGCACGCUUACUUGAAUAUCACCGUCUCCUUUACUGCAGCGCCAUUAUAGGCAUCUAUCCCUCAAUCAAGUCAAUGCGUUCUUUCAAAGUCUCAGCCGUGGCGGAAGCGCUAGCGUGUCAGUAGUCAAAGGACCGACCUAGACAACCUUGUCUUUCAGCUCUUUUCCUGCUAUUAAAGAGGCGGGCACCAUGCAAACGUUGAAACCCGCGUCCUUCCACGUCGGGGAGCAUCUUUGGACAUCAUGGCCGCCGAGUCGUCGAAGCCAACGUCGAAGCGGCGGAUGAGAGUCCAAAAGUCGUGCACCGAAUGCCAGAGACGGAAGCAGAAGUGCAUAAUCCGGCAGACAGAUGCACCAUGCGUGAACUGCUCGAGGCGCUUCCCGCCCGUGGAGUGUACCAUCACCCAGGUCGCGUCGUGUAACCCUAGGCAAGCGUACGAGGACCAGGUCUUGACCUUUGAACUGCCCUCACUUUCUGGGGGACAGGGGAAGCAACCGGAGGAUCCCUUGCAUAGCUGCCACUCGAAAGCGCUACCGGGGAUUGCAUUCCUGGACUUACCAUGGACCCUGACUAUGCGAAAUCGCCGCAGGAAGGAAGCCAGAUCGAAAGACGUGCCUGGCCAUGAUCGUAAAAACCCAAGAAUAGCACACUGUUCCGAAGACCUCAAAUACCAAGAUAAGACACUGGCGGAGACGAAAGCGCGUGCCAACCUCUUCCUCGAUGGAGAUGGCGAUCCGAUGGCGUUUUAUCACAGCAGUCCCGCUGCUAUCGGUGGUAUACUUACAGAGGUUACGACCCUCCACGGAAUGCCGCUUCCUGAAGGGCCCAGAACAGCAGAGCUUCUACGUUUUUAUAUUGAGGUCGUCGCACCCAACAUGGUGUCAAUUGACGGCCAGAGCCAGCCGCCUGUGUUCCUUGCCGAGGUCCUGCCAUGGAUGCUGCAGUCCCCUUUGUUUCCCAACAUUGGCAUCCUGAUGUCGUCGACGACUCAGGCGCUCGAGCGAGGAUCGGAGAUCUCUAAAAACCCAGAGUCGCUCGCUCUUAAGGCCCGGGUGCUGUCCAUCAUUGCAGAAUACAUGCAGCGGCCAUUCGACGCCAUUGCGAUAGAGAUGGUCCGCUCCAUCGUAAACCUCGUCGUUAUGGAGUGGUUUUGGGGCGCCGACGAAAGCAUGUUUGCCCACAUGAGAGGCAUCAAACACAUGAUCAAACUCAAAAAGGGCAUGCGUGGUCUGGGAGACAUUGUGGGCGAGUCCAUCAUGAUUCUCACCGACUACGAGAUUGCGUGUGCGUUUGAGACGGACCUCUACUGGUUGGAGAAUGACCCGGCCCGGGACGAGGAAAUCCCUGUGCCGACGACGUGGCCGGACUGCUAUGACAGCCCGUUGAUGGCGUCCUCGUCUCGGUUCGAGAGCAUCGCAGGGAAGCUUGGGCUAUGCGCAACGGCGGCCAAAAUCCUGGACGACGUGCGCUUUCUCACAGUUUCCAUCACGUCACAAUCGGCCUCGUCGGGAUGGACGUGCAAGAUUCGUAGCACAGCAACGUGGCUGUAUAACAGACUGAGAGACAGAGACACAGUCGGGCCUGCCAUCGUCACAUCGGAAGAAGAAUGGAUCCUCGAGACUGUCCGGAUCGCCGCUCUGAUCUACAGCUGGUCCAUCAAGUCGAUGCGCCAGAUAUCUCGAUUCGACGACAACGAGACGCUCGAGGCCGCGUACCAAGCGCUGACGAGCGUAAGUAUGACAACAUGGAAGCGGAUACCGGGGGUGUUUCUCUGGAUCAUGUUGGUGGCGGCCCCGAAUGCGGCGCCGGACGCCAAGGGGAGGUUCGUGAGGAGGAAGAUGGCCGUCACGGGGCUGUCGAUCGGAUUCGAGGACUUUGGGCUCGGGAUAUCGUACCUAAAGGCCUUCUGGAGUGUCCAGCAGUGGAUCGCCAAGGAGGGCAACGUGGGGGUGCAGAGGCUGGAUGACAAGUGGUCUUCGACUCUUGGCCGGGAGGCUCGGUCGAGUCACAAAAGUCACGAGAGCGUCUGACCCUCGUAGGCUUGCGCGUUGCGUGCUUCAGGGGGUGAGAGGAACGACGUAGGUAGGGAGGCGAGAAGGAAGGCCAGGAGAAGAAGAAGAAGCCCCCUGCGGCGUCACGACUGCAUCACCUCUAGUGACUGGGCGGGCUGGACUCGACUGGAGUCACUGGACCAGUGGACCGACCAUUUCUGUGCGUUUCUUUUUCUGUUGGGGCAGCUAUGCAGCUGCUGUGAUGUUGUUGGUCGAAGCCUCGUGCGUGCGGAGAAAGGAGGGAUGAUAAGCAUCUCGGAUUACCAAAAAGGGAAUACCGGUGGACCCCGUGUUCGCAUGCACCUCUGCACUCCGCAUUGUCUUUUUGCCUCUUAACCUCUUCCAGACGCAGCUUUCUCCACCUCUCACUGUUGGCUCUGUUGGCCUGGGCUUUCGGACAAGGAUGAUAAUGGGGAGGGAGUGUAUCCUCAGUUCUGGACCUCAGGCGCCCUAUGUAGCAAUUUGAUCACUCCAAUUUGAUGACUG